AUGUCUUCGAAAGAAGGAAGAUGUGAGAGGAAGGAAGUUUCCAAACUAGACAACACGCAAAAGUCUGAAAUCAAGGAGGUCGACGUGUCAUCAGAUUACCAUAAUAACGAAACAUUUGCUCUCCAAGGCGGCUCCAGAAUAGAAACUUCAAGAGAAGAGAACCCAGCAACGCCCACUGAAACUACCUGCGAAACACCGGGAAAGACAAUUUCGCGAAAAUCUUCCACUACCUCCUCGUCAUUCAGUUUCCCACCACCACCGGACUUUAUCCAAUCGAUAGUGGUCCACCCUUCGCCUGAGAAGAGAACUCCCAAGAAGCAGAAGACCGGUGACGUUUCCAAGAACGCCAAUCUAGACAAAUCUGGUUUAGCAACGGUGCUCUUUGAAACAAACAACAGCGCCCUGCCCUCGAUGAUGCCGGGGUCCAUCAUCGACUUGGUCAAUGUUCCCACGGAGCCGCCUCCUCCCUCCUUGAUGAUGACACCAGUCAAGGAAGAUCAGAUUCUCGCGGAAGAUCAUCCUGCUAAUUUGACAACAAGCGAGGGGGCACAAAGCUUCCACCUGGAAUAUUCAUUCUCGUCGAUGGAAAACUCGAUUGAAAUCAUAGAAGACGGAAAAAGUAUUGCGCGAAAAGUGGAGAAUCUCUCGGCUACAGAAGAGCAGCCGAAUCUCAAUCUUAGGAAAGUUUCAUUUUCCGUGAAUCGAAUCAUUCACUCAUGA